AUGACUAAUUUUCUUCAUGAUAUCACUUCUCGUUAUCCAUCGAAAGCGAUAUUAUAUGAAGUAGGAAAAAGUCAAGGAGGACGAUCAUUAUGGGCUGUAGCAUUAAGUUCAUAUUCUCCCAAUGAACAUAUUUUAUUACGUCCAGAAGUUAAAUAUAUUGGAAAUAUGCAUGGAAACGAAGCCAUUGGUCUACAAGUAUUAUUAUACUUAGUUGAAUAUCUUUUAACAUCAAAUGACAAUCAAGUUAUCGAACUCAUGAAUAAUGCUCGAAUAUGGAUUAUGCCAUCGAUGAACCCUGAUGGUUUCGAAUUAUCACAACAAGGUGAUUGCGGAUCCACAGGUGGAAGAAAUACAUUAAAUAAUAUUGAUCUAAAUCGAAAUUUUCCCGAUUAUCUUGGUGUUCCAUUUCCUUCAUCAAAUCGUGCUGUAGAAACCAGUGCAAUCAUGUCUUGGCUCCAUGCUGUACCGUUUGUUCUUUCAGCAAAUUACCACGGUGGUGCAUUUAUGAUUAAUGUUCCUUAUGAUCGUUAUUAUACUGGAAAAGUCUCAACUAGUAGUGAUGAUGAUAUUUAUCAAAUGAUCGGCAGAUCUUAUAUUAGUCGAAUAUCGCAAACAAAUAAAUAUUGCGAUUCAAGAACAGAUGAAAUCGGUACAGUUAUACGUGGUGCUGAUUGGUAUGAAAUCGUUGGUAGUAUGCAAGAUUAUGGCUAUUUAAAUUAUGGUACUAUUGAAAUGACAAUGGAAAUAUCAUGUUGUAAAUAUCCAUAUGAGAAUUUAUUGGCUUCCUAUUGGAAUUACAAUCGUGAUGCUAUGAUUGAACUUUUAUUGCAAGCGCAAAGAGGAGUCAAAGGUCUCAUACGCGAUGAGUUUCAUCAAUCUAUUCCAUUAACACAAGUAAUGAUUGACAAUAGGCGACCUGUUGUUAAUGUAACGCCACUAGGAGAAUUCUGGAGAAUACUUUUACCAGGCGUCUAUACUCUAAAGGUCUUCUAUCGAGGCUAUGAAAUCUAUCGUCAACAAAUAGUAAUCAAUAAUAGUUACAGUCCCUUAAAUGUAAACAUUGUUAUUCCACAAUUAGCAUAUAUUCAUUAUAUCAAUCGACCCAUUCAAUUAUUAUCUCCAUUUAUAACUAACAUAGUUUAA